AUGCUCACCCUUGCACUUCUCAGCGCUGCGCUGGCCGCCACUCCAGCUCUGGCAGCGCCAUCUCCUCAAGGCGUCACCAUCUCCAACUCGGCGACACAGGCACCAAUCAAGAUGUGUGGCACGGCUCAGAACGUCGUUCUGACUGAUACCCCGUGGAUCGUGUACAACAUGUUCUACAACUCGGCACAAACCAAGGGAAGCAUGUGCACAGCAUACGACUCCGUAUCGACUGGUUCAGAUGGGAACAAGAAGAUCAAGUGGAGUGCGGUUACUGACAUCGAUUAUGUGAAAGCCACCGACAAUGUGCCCAAGGGUUACACUUUCGUCGGCCUGACCCAAAACCUCGAGACAAAGCUCUCCGCUAUCAAAUCAAUUCCUGCAACAUACGAAUGGACGCGCACCAACACCACCGCCUACAAAGGCAAUAUUGCGUUCGACUUUAUGACCUCCGAUACUAAAGGCGACUCCACAUCUUCUUUCGCCCAGGAGCUCAUGCUAUGGCUUGAAUAUACUGGUGGCCAACUACCCAUCGGAUGGCCUGCUGGUGCGAAAGCCACAAUCCCCAACCUGUUCGGUACGAGCUGGAAGUUGUACCAGGGUAAGAACGAGGAUACCGGUAUUACAGUCUCAAGCUUGCUGCCUGAUGAGAUGUUUCAGAGUCCUUUCCAGGGAGACUUAAAAGAGUGGCUAGAAGCGCUUGUCAAGGUCGGUGUUUUCAAAGACAGCACGUACGUCAACGUUGGCAAUGCAGACGCAGAAGUUUACACAGAGCAGUGUCAGGCUACAUUUGCUGCUAAACAUCCAAUGCGCUCACUGGAGCGCUUUGACUCAUUUGAUCACGCACCAAAUGAGAUGAUUAGUUCUUCCACGAUAAAGACGCGGACAAGGUCUGCUGCCAUUUCAGAUCCGACCCAGGAGAGUGAGCAGCUGGACUGCCCUUCUUUCUCGGGAGCAUCGGAACAUGCAGAGCUACUUUUCGAUGCAGUAUCUCCAUUCACAUACGACGAGAAUCUAGCACUAAGUAGUAUCUUCACAGGAGGGACUGCGACCGGAAGAACCUGGCGACUUGAAUGCGACUCCAUCCUUCGAUACACCACCGGUUCCCCAAUGCUCCCAGGAUUAGAUCAUCUUCGCAAUAUCACGGUUCGCUCCGCAACUAUCCAGUAUGACCACAACAUUGAAGAUCUGUAUUAUGCCACUACAUUCUUCCUUGAUGAUCGUCAAGAUGGCGAGUGUUCAUGUUCAGAUGGUGAGAUGUGUAGUCUUCGCGUGCCUGGCGAGAACUUCAUGCUCGCUAACAACGACGACGAUGACGACGACUGCAGUCUCUCAGAUACAUACCCCGCGGCAGAAGACAUAUCUCAGCUUAUAGAUGAGUUCGUCAAUGCGGACAUGUUUGACGUAUACGGAGUUCAUACAGGCAUUUCGGAAGUGCUACCUCUUGAUAGUGGAUACUUUGACACCACUCCACAAAAUGUUAAAGCCUCCAAGGAAAUUGACCAGCUGUUGUACCCGUCUAGCUCUAACGCUGUAUCGUUUGUGUGCGACAACGAGAGUGAUUCUGAUGUCUCUGAUCCAGACGCGGAAAGUUUGUCAUUGAAUCACCACCCAGAACUAGAAUAUGUCGACACUAAAACAGAUCAGUUUGUCGCUUAUACAGCCUUGAUCCAACUAUUCGCAAUGAAGGAAGAAGAACCACGGCCAGUCAUUCACCGCGAUACCGCUGAUGAGGAUGAAGAGCCGGCGGAGAUCGGCCUUGCUGAAUUGGUCUAUCUUCCCCCAACAGCAAAAGAUUAUGCAACCUUUCUGCCACUACAAAAUAGCUUGAACCCAAACAGAUCUAGCCCCGACUUGUAUUCAGGCAUUUCUCGGACUCCAGCACCCGUUCAGCCUGAACUCAAUCUCCAGCCCGCCGCACGCCAACGAUGUAAACCGUAUGGACUUUACUCUAGCAAUAGGUCUCGACACCAGCGUCAGCUGCCGCAAUUAAGAGUUGCCACUCAACUCUUACCUAAUCGUCAGCUAUUGUCCAUGAUCUCGGAGGAAGAAUCGCCAUGCUCCAGCUCGUCUUCUUCGGGAGGCUCUCUGGACUUCGCCAAUCAUCGAGGAUUCGUGAAGCCGCUGGAAAGUCGUCGUCUAGAUUUCCUAGACGACGAUGACUCUGAAUCACCAGUGAUGCCGAUCUCGAACUCAGAUUGCAUCCUUGAACCUCUGAAAACUACAGACAUAGAAGACUACGAAUAUAUGUUUACCAAUGCAAUCUGGCACACUACGCCAGAGCUUGCAUUCGUUAAACCCAGCCAGGAAGCAUACUUUGAAAUUGCGCCUGCAUCGGCCGUACCUCCUUCGCUUCUCGAAGCACUUGAGAUCGAGAUCCACAGUCGCCUCACCUUCAUGUUCAACUGCAUGAACAGUGGGAUCCUUGACGAACUACCAGCCCUCAGCAGUGACCUCCAUUGGACACUUUGCGCUCUUUCGGAUGAUUAUCCCGUCUUAACCUUAUUAGACAGCCUAGGCGUAGCUGUAGAAAUUCUUGUUGAGCGGAUAGUAGCCUCUACUACUGCUUCUUAG